GUUUUGAGCAGACAUAAUACCUUAGAGCCCUUCCAGUGCAGAACUAUGAAAGAGUCCAUAUGCAUCAAACGACACCAUGCAUCAAGAAAUGACAGAAAGAAGAAAAUUAUUCAUUAGAUGGAAAUCAUUUUUGCAGAAGAUCAGUUAUGUAGGAGUACCACCAUGGCUGAUUAUCAUGCACGAGAGCAUAUUCUUUAGCAGCUGCAUUAUGCAUCCAAAUGCGAAGAAGAACGACUUGGACUACUUCUGCAUAGAUUGUCGUCGGUCUUUGUGCUCAAAUUGUCUUCCCGCUCACAUGCAUCACAAGUACAUUAAGAUUCGGAGAUACAUUUAUAGUGAUGUUAUCAAUCGGCAAGACUUGUGCAAGCUCUUCAACUGUUCCGGCAUACAGACGUAUCAUACAAACAACGCCAAAGUUGUGUUCUUGAAACAAAGACCACACCGACACAACCAGCAGCAACAGCAGAACAAUACCAGGGAGUACAGGUGUAUCAUCUGUAAAAGGAGUCUUCAAGAUAACUCACUCUAUUGCAGUAUAGCUUGCAAGGUUUUAGCCAUAUAUAAUUAUCAGACAAGUCAGAAAGAUGAAGAUCACCUAGACAGUGUAACAAUUGGAGACAAAAAAAACCAUGCAGUACUAUCUUUAACCAAGAAGAGGAAACUAAGGAGAAAAGGAGCCCCUUUAAGGGCCCCCAUGUUUUGAUUAGUCGUAAAAAUCCAAAAACAAAAAAGAAGAUUUUUCAUGUAUCAUCAGCUCUAAUAUAUAUGUAAUAUAGAACGAUGUAAUGCGUACUGUUUAAAAAGUGCUUGUGAUGUCUUAGUAAAGCUAAUUUGCUAUCUUAUUAUUCAUGAAAAUAUGCAGUCCGUUAUCAAGGAUAUUUUUCA